AAAAUAUUAUUAUUAUUAUUAUUAUUUUAACAAUGAAUAAUGUUGGUUGGUUUUUUGUGGAAAGUGGUGUGAUUCAACGGUGGACUGACUCAACUAGUUCGGUGUUGCCCACCAUUCACAAGCUUCUAAAUGCUGGUUUGCGUAUUUGGGUCUACAGUGGGGACACCGAUGGACGAGUACCGAUAACAUCGACGAGAUAUAGCAUAAACAAGAUGGAGUUGGAAAUAGAAGAAGAGUGGAGGGCAUGGUACCACAAACAAGAAGUGGCUGGUUGGGUUGAAACCUACGAGAGAGGACUAACCUUGGCUAGUGUAAGAGGGGCAGGCCAUCAAGUCCCUGUCUUUGCUCCCCAGCAAUCUCUCUCUCUUUUCUCUCAUUUUCUUUUAGCCAAGACUCUACCUCCCACUCGCUCGUAAAUUAUCAAUAAAUAAUUCGAGUUUGAUAACUAUUUUGUUUUAAAAAAUUAACGACAACUCAUUAAUAAUUUUCUUUUUAUGUGGUUAAAACUAAUGCAUGUUAGUAAAACGCUCGGGUCAAAUUUCAUUGACUAGUUUGGUUGACUAAAAGUAGUUCUAUGUGUGUAUA